UCUUGUUGAUCUCGUUGCAACUUUUACUACACUUCUUUUUCAUAUUUCAGCUUUGUUAAUAUUGCAUUUACAAUUUUAAACCGAUUAAAAUGUAAAUUUUUAGGGAUGGUUCAGGUUCUAUUUCUGUUAUGAUAGUGUAGUGGGACUGUUUCAAAAUUUUAGAUUUAAGCUUAUAGCUCUUCUAUAAAAUGGAAGACGAUGACGAUACAAGUUCGACAUCAAGUUUAUAUAGCGAAGAAAGAUUUUUGUAUAUUAGAAAUGAGUUUUUUUCAAAAGUGUACGCCUUGUUACUUAUUCAAGUAAUUACCUCCGCUGUCUUCAUCUUGGGCUUGAACAUAAAUUUGGAUGUAAAGAAACUAUUAUUUGAAUGGUUCUACCUUGGGCCAAUUUUUGGAAUGUUAUCAUUUAUUUCUUUUGUACUAUUAAUGUUUGUUGCCCGAUUGAGAAAUUUGCACCCAUUCAAUAUACUUGUUACAUUUCUCUUGACUUCUUCCUGUGGGGGCUUUGCUGGAAUUCAAGCAGCACAAGAUCAGUUUCAUUUUAUAUGGUGUGGAUUUGGUAGCAGUGUAAUUAUUUUCUUCAUUUUGUCUGUGGUCAGCUAUUUUUUUUCCAACAUUGAGGAUUCUGUCGUGAUAUACAAUGUCCUCGUUGGAUCUAUAGCUCUCGUCGCCAUCGGUGGAAUCGCAAUUUCUAUACCAAUAUUACUUAGCAUCGAAUGUACCAUUGUCUCAUUCACAUUUUCUGUUACAGCUUGCAUUAUAUCUGCAUGUGCGUAUCUUUAUAUUUCGGGUGUUUACAUAUCAAAGUUUCAAAAUGUCGACGUUUAUGAGCCUGAAUUUGAGAAAAAAUUCACCGAGAAAUACAUAUUCGCGUCGAAUUUGUUGUACACGACGAUAUUCUUGUUUUAUACACAUUUUAUGGGAAUCUUAGCAUACGUACUGCGGACCUGAAGAUUUGUUUCAUAAAUUUUCAGGAAAUGUAAUCAAGGCUAAAAGGAAUUUGAAAGAAAGAAAGACACUUCCUUUUUCAAGUUUUUGAGAAAAAUAUCUGGUUCUUCAAGAUAACGAAAUUAUUUCUAA